UCAAAAGACAAAGCCGUCGCUUCCGGUUUACACGAGCCGCACGAGUGCUUCGAUUAAAGCCGAUUCCGUCUAGGUCUCCGUCUUCUCACCCUUCACAAAACUCAAUUCUCUCUCUCUCCUCUCUGCGUCUAUUGAUCGGAGACGUUGUGAUCAUCAGAACCGGAGGUCGGUAACAGAAAACUCUUCAUCUCAUCCGGUUAUCGGAAUCGGAGGGUUUUUGGUCAUUUGAUGGAAGAUAGUGUGGUGGAUGAUGUGAUAAAGAGGUUAUUGGGGGCCAAACAAGGGAAGACGACGAAGCAGGUGCAGUUGACGGAGGACGAGAUCAAACAUCUCUGUUCCACCGCCAAGCAAAUCUUUCUCAGUCAACCUAAUCUCCUCGAACUCGAGGCUCCCAUCAAGAUUUGUGGAGAUACUCAUGGUCAGUUCUCAGAUCUCUUGAGGUUGUUUGAGUACGGUGGCUACCCACCUGCUGCGAACUAUCUGUUCCUUGGGGACUAUGUAGACCGCGGUAAGCAGAGUGUCGAGACCAUUUGCCUCCUCCUCGCAUACAAGAUCAAAUACAAAGAGAACUUCUUUCUCCUGCGUGGGAACCAUGAGUGUGCUUCUAUAAACCGUAUCUACGGAUUCUAUGACGAGUGCAAGAAGAGGUACAGCGUUAAAGUGUGGAAGAUAUUCACUGAUUGUUUUAACUGUCUCCCUGUUGCUGCUCUUAUCGAUGAAAAGAUUCUCUGUAUGCACGGUGGGCUAUCGCCUGAGUUGAAGCAUUUGGAUGAGAUCAGGAACAUUGCUCGUCCCGUUGAUAUUCCUGAUCAUGGACUGCUGUGUGAUUUGUUGUGGUCUGAUCCGGAUAAGGACAUUGAAGGGUGGGGAGAGAAUGACAGGGGAGUUUCUUACACCUUUGGGGUUGAUAAGGUUGAGGAGUUUCUUCAAAAGCAUGACCUUGACUUAAUCUGCAGAGCUCAUCAGGUUGUGGAAGAUGGGUAUGAGUUCUUUGCAAAUAGGCAGCUAGUUACGAUAUUCUCGGCUCCAAACUACUGUGGAGAGUUUGACAACGCAGGUGCGAUGAUGAGUGUGGAUGAUUCCCUGACAUGCUCUUUUCAAAUCCUUAAAGCGUCUGAAAAGAAAGGAAACUUCGGGUUUGGCAAGAAUGGCAGGCGAGGAACCCCACCUCGCAAGGGUGGUGGAAAAGGCUGAAGACAAAAUAAAUCAUGUUUCUUGGCUCAAGACACUUUGCUUGAGCUGAAUGUUAUUAUCAUCAAACAGUCGUCUUCUUCUGCUCUGGAUCACUUAUGGCAAAGGGGGUAUUCCUAUCUUUUCCCUCACGGAGUGAAUAUGAAAUAUCUGACUAUAAAUCUUUUGUAUCUUUGAGUGAAUCUUUAGAUAUUCUGUGAGAUACACUUUGUGUUAUUUUUUUUUUUUGCUAAAACAUUUAAUGAAAACCCUGAUGUUCUCCUCUGA